CUCGUCUACUCUCUCCGGUCACCUCUCUUCCUCGCACCACCCCACAAAUUUCAUCAAAGGUUCUUUCUGCAUCUGUUUCUCGGUGUCUCAGGCCGUCGUGAUCGAAGAGAAGCAUGUUUUAUUCGCAUACGUUUCUUGCACGAAAGGGGCCAUUGGCCACAGUGUGGAUUGCUGCGCAUUUGCAGCACAGGCUUCGGAAGUCUCAUUACACUUCAACUGAUAUACCCUCCACUGUCAGACGUAUUAUGGAACCUGAAGUUCCCAUUGCCUUGAGAAUGUCAGGCCAUCUUCUUUUAGGCGUUGUUCGGAUAUAUUCAAAGAAAGUUGAUUAUCUUUUUCAAGACUGUAAUGCUGUUUUGACUGGUCUCAGCAAGGCAUUUGCUUCUAUUCAACUUACUUUACCAGAGGAUGCACGGAAGGCACCAUUUCAUUCAAUCACACUGCCAGAGACAUUUGAUCUUGAUGCUGUGAUCUUGGAUGGAGUAGAUGACGAGGUGGAGGAUAUCCACAUGAGGAGUCGAGAAGAUAUCACUCUAACAGAUCAAAUUCCUGGUAGUAUGGAUUAUUACAUAGCAAUCACUUUUGAUGAGGAUAUAAUGGACUCUUCACACACGGAAGUGUUGCCAGAUUCAGGGGCCAGACCAAUGGAGGAGGACAUUGUCCCGCAAUCUCCAUUGACAAACGUUGGUGAUGUUCAAGUUUGUGAUCCAAUAAACCAAAGAGAAUCACCUGCUGCUCAGCAUUCUGAUAGUGACCUCCCUCAUAAUAUUCAAGAUCCUGAAUCUGCUAGAGAUUUGGGUUCUCAAGAUGCUGGUCCAAGAAAUCAGACCGAUGUGAUCAAUUCGAGUCCUGCAGCCGACAGUCCUCAAGUUCUACCGGAAAUUGAAGUUCUUCGUGAUGCCAAUAAUGAUUUAAAUUUAGAAAAUCCUCCUCCAGUAGUUCCAGAUCCUGGGGAUAAUACUGAACCCAGUAGGAUUUUUGACCAAACUAUGAAUGACAAGGAUCAUAUUUCUCCAAUGGUUGAUGAUUUGGAUGUUGGAGGCUUAUCUGUACCAUCUCAGCAACAUUCUCGUUUGCCAACUCCAGAUACUUCUCAAGGGGCACCCGAGAUACAAGUUUCUCUGGGCCAUGCUUCGCCUAACUUGGUGCUUCGAUCAAGUCCACCAGUCCAGCAGCCACAGAAUAGAGGAAGAAAGAGAAAACAGUUCUUUGAUACGUCAACAGUUUUGACUAAUAAAUUUAUGAAGAAAGCUCUUGAUAGUACGGGUGAUUUACUACGGAAGAGACGUUUUAUGCCUUCCUCUGCUUUGGAUACAUGGAAACUGAACAACAGCCGAAGAAAGGAACAAAUUUUUGAUCACCCCUUGGUAUCAGGGCUAUGCAAGGAUCUCUCAGAUAUUUGUCAGAGGGAUUAUAUAAGUGCAAAAUCCCACCUGGUUAUAUCUGAGGAAGAUCGUAUGGAUGAUGAGAUUGCUAGAACUCCUUCAACUAGCCAUUCUGCCGAAGAGCCUAGAGCUGCCACACCACCUGCUACAACAGGUGCUCAAAAUAUGGAAAUUGAACGGCUUCGUAGUAUCGCUGCUACUCCGCCUCCUGUUAUACCUACUCAUGAUGUAGAAAAUGAAGUCAUUAAUAUUGAAGGUGGUCAUGGUAGUCCUCUCAGACAGGAUGACAUGACUCCUGUCUCAGCUCAAAAAUUAAGGUCUGUAUCAGUUUCUCCAUUGAGGACAAAUGAUGUGGCUGGGACAGUUCAAACACCUGAUUUAGCAUCAUCCCCUAGAGAUGAUGGAUCCCAGAUGGAAACUCCUAUGACUUUUCUGGACGAAGGAACAUUUCAGAACUUUGGUCUGUCAGAUGCUGGUCAUUCAAUGAUGUCUGCUGAAGAAGAGCUUAAUUUUCUGGAAGCAGACAGUACGCCAUCCAGUUCACAAGGUAGCGAAGGUGUAAACUCAUUGUCUGUGAGGACUAGGGCUGUAGCUCGUUAUUUGAAAAAUCUUUCUCCAAUUAGCCCAAUUGCAGAGGACCCCACGGAAGAUCUCAGCUUGAACAAGAUCUUAGAAGGGAAGACAAGAAGGAUCUCUGCUCGAAUGUUCUUUGAAACAUUGGUUUUAAAGAGUUAUGACCUUGUUGACGUACACCAAGAAGAACCCUAUGGUGAUGUUAGCUUGAAGUUGACCACUGCACUUUCGAAGGCUGAAAUUUGAAGUCGUGUUUUAAGUUAUUUGUAUUUUUGGGAGGCCCUGAUGUAUAUAUGGUUGGAUUCUAAUUCAUACGAGGAAAGGAGCUGCAUUGGAAUUAGUAACAGUCAGAAGGCAGAUUUUGGUUUAAAUUAAUGUUAUCUGUAUCUAUGUAGGUGGCCAAAAGGGGGAAAGUUUUGCGUAUAACUUAUGCUUCUUUUGAACUGUUAGAAUUUUGAAGUUAUGACUCUCAAGCUGAUUUUACUGUUGCA